GUGUGUGUGCGUGCUUUAUUUGGGCAGCGAGGCUGAAGCUGUAGCGAGUUGUUGGUCUAUAUAUGAAAAUUCAACCAAUGUAAAAAUAUAUCAAAAAUAUUUAAAAGCCACAAAACCGAAUUCGAAGCGUGCGAAACUAAAAAGAUUCAAAAAAAAAGUUCAAAAAUAAAGCUAAAAACUUUGCAAAUUUUUGGCGGCAGUUUUCCCGUUUUUUUUUGUUGUCAAUUGGCUCAGCGCACCCUGUUUGCAGGUACACAUUGGCCAGAGAGAAUACCCCCAAUCUACGGGAAUGCGCCUAAUUUGCAGCUUUAUCAAAUGGCUGGCGCUGCUGCAGCUGCUGGCUCCCUGUCAGAGUGGACACGUGCAGGAGGCCAAGCGUCACCUACGCGCCGAGCUCCACGACGUCUUGGGCCAUCCCAGCUACUAUGGCAGCCACUGGCACAACGGGCAUCGGGUGCACAGGCUGCGCAUGGCGCACGCUCAUCAGAGAUGGACUGGCCGACGGCGUUCGAUCAAUCAUCAUCAUCCCUUCAGCCGCUGGUCACAGUGGACAACGUGCGAUGAGGAUUGCAUCAGGCGGCGCGAACGCUUCUGCAAGGCCAAGCGAAAAUGUGGACACACGAAGCACGUGGAGCAGCACAAGUGUUUGCAUUGUCAUCCGGCAGUUAAGUGGCAUGCAACAAGCAAUUUGCAACAGCACAAUUUUCCGCAGCAUUAUCCCAAUCCACCAGCAAUUGUUAUAAAUGCUGCAGCAGCUGCAGCGAGUGGGCCGCCCUAUCAGCCGCAUCCAACAGCAGCAUAUGCCCCACCACCGCCCCAGGCACAUCCUCAGCCGCAUCCACAGCCAUAUCCGGAACCACAUCCCCAGCCACAUGCUCCGCCCGAGUUACAGCCUCACCCAUAUCCUCAACCGCAUCCUCUGCCUGAUCCCUAUCCCGUUUCAGAUGAGGACUCUGUUGAGAUAGUGCAUCGAAAGCCUCCAAAUUUUUCAUCAAUUGAAUCCAGUAUAGAGGAGGAGGAGGAGGAGCAAGGUGAAGAGCAGCCGCCUUUCCAUGAAGAUGAUGGCGACUUCUUUGUGCUGAAGCGACAUCGACGCAGGCAGAGACCAGGACACGGCUCGCAGCACAAUUCCAAGCAGAGGAACAGACAAAAGCCCAAAUUUGAUUACAUUGAUGACGAUUUUGAGGACUAUGUGGAAGGCAAAUCCUUAAAGCUUAGGCAACGUUCCUUGGGCAGUGUUGACAAUGGUGGUAUAGAAGGCGAUAUAUUUCAGUACGAGGAUUUCGAUUUCGAGCCGGAAACCCAAUACCCAGACUCGGAAGAGUAUACGGAUGCGCGUAACAUGAGCUGGCAGCCGCCGCCAAAGGAGCGCAAUACGCCAGAUGGAUUGACGCCGCGUCACAGACGCCUCUACUCCAAGUGGAGUCGCUGGACCAAGUGCUCACCAAAGUGCACCACGAGGCGCUAUAAAAAGUGCCGCAUCAGCGAGCAGUGUGGACGCGAGGUGCUGCGAGAGAUCGCCUACUGUUACACAGAGAACAGUUUCUGCCAGCAGUGGCUGCAGGCCCAAGUCCAGAAAACGCCUGCCUAUGAAUCCAGACCUGGUCCAAUUACGGCCAUGCGGCGUAUGCACGCGGAACCAGGCUCUGGAGCACUGAGUCGAAACGAGGUCAAUGUCAUUAUGAGCGGCAAGGGCUAUCGGGGACCGGAGUACGCUCCGCUCAAGCUGCAGUGUGGGCUGGUGCGCACUGGCCACCGCAACAUGUACAACUUGCUGAAAAUCAUAGGCGGCAAGGCUGCACGCAAAGGUGAGUGGCCCUGGCAGGUGGCCAUCUUCAAUCGGUUCAAGGAGGCCUUCUGCGGUGGCACUCUAAUCGCACCGCUCUGGGUGCUGACCGCCGCUCACUGUGUGCGCAAGGUGCUCUACGUGCGCUUCGGAGAGCACAAUCUGGACUAUGAGGAUGGCACCGAGGUGCAGCUGCGCGUACUCAAGAGCUAUAAGCAUCCGAGCUUCGACAAGCGCACCGUGGACAGCGAUGUCGCCCUGUUGCGUCUACCCAAGCCGGUUAAUGCCACUAGUUGGAUUGGCUACUCCUGCUUGCCGCGCCCUUAUCAGCCGCUGCCCAAGAAUGUGGACUGCACAGUCAUUGGCUGGGGCAAGAGGCGCAACCGUGAUGUGGUGGGCACCAGCGUCCUGCAUCAGGCGGAUGUACCCAUUAUACCCAUGGAGAACUGUCGCAGCGUCUAUCAUGACUAUACCAUAACGAAGAACAUGUUCUGUGCUGGGCAUCGUCGUGGUCGCAUCGACACCUGUGCAGGUGACUCGGGCGGUCCGCUGCUGUGUCGCGACUCUACCAAAGCGAAUCAUCCCUGGACCAUCUUCGGCAUCACCUCUUUUGGCGACGGCUGCGCCAAGCGCAAUAAGUUCGGCAUCUAUGCCAAGGUGCCCAACUACGUGGAUUGGGUCUGGUCGGUGGUCAACUGCAAUGGCAACUGCAAGUUGCACUAGUUUGGAUGAUCGUGAUUCGUUAAUCCUUGCCAACAUAGUUAUAUUCAAUUAGCCAGUAAGUCGUUAUGUUUCAGAGGCUGUGAGAUACUUAUUAACUUUUAAGCCCACAAGCUGGGCCAACUCAUUCUGUAAAUACAAUUAGGCACUCAUUUAAGUCACGUUUGAAUGUUUUCUUUUCUCUAACUAAAUAUAAUUUAUUUAUUAUCUCGACUUUAUAUAAAGCCUAGAUUAAUGUGAAACAGAAUUGAGUGCAGUUUGUGAUUUCUAUAGAAAAUUCUGUUUAAAUUGUUACUAAACAGAGACACUCUUUUAGAAUGCAAGCAACAGGCGUGUUUACUGCAACAAAAUAUUUCAUGUUUAUUAUCGGAUUCACGUGUAGUAUGUAUCCGAACAAUUGGUGCUAUUGUUGGUCUGCAAUUUCUGGGAAAUCAGAUAUGGAAAACAACCUUUUAACCUGCGGGUAUAUAUCAAUUCGAAUAAAAAUAACAAAUGGGAGAGUCACAAAUCAAAGGUACGCAUCACAUAUAGUAAUACCCUAUA